CAAAUAUAUAAUGCUUUGCAUCCUCCUCCCUUCUCAUUCCAAUAUUCUUCCAUCAUCAACCACAUAACAGCUGCCUUCCACUAACCAUACACACAUUUCUUCUCUUGGUUGUUUUGUGUUAAAUCACUAUAUAUGAUGAUGCUUAAAACAUUUUUUUAAGGAUCAUACUUUGAUGAUGUUUGUUUUGUAAGCUUGUCGGUUGUGUAGUCUACAUAAGUCCUUCUCAAGACAAAAACCAUAGGUUUUGCCAAACCACUAGUCUCAUCUUCCAUUGGUGGAUCUUGUUUCCUCUCUAAUAACACUUUUGAUAUAUAAUCCUCUCCGAUCACAAUGUUUUACAUCCUUAUAUCUUUUGUCUCCUUUGUUAUGAUCCUUUCAAAAUCCUUUAUAAAUAAACCACUCUCAUCAAAUGUGAAAAAACUUGUGUCAAAUGGUUUUUGUGGAAAGCUUUUAAGUUUCCUAGCUUCUAGGCUCAAAACAAGAACUAUUUUUCUACCUUUUAGUUUUUUUCAAUUUUCUCUUGGCAUGCAAUUACAAAACAAAAGUUGUUUGGUGUCCAAAGUUGAGUAUAGAGAAGAAGAGGAAGAGAAAGCUUCUCUCUUGGAUUUGCAUGAUUUACCAUUGGAUUGUAUUCUUGAAAAACUUUCACCUAGUGAAUUAUGCAAUGUGGCUCAAGUGUGUAAAUCUCUUAGGGAAAAAUGUAGAAGUGAUUAUUUAUGGGAGAAACAUAUGAAGAUGAAAUGGGGCAAAAUUUUAGGUGAUUCUGCUUAUAGACAAUGGAAAUGUUAUGUAGCUUCCAAAAGCAUAGAGAAGAAUUCAAAUCAACACAAAAAUCAGAAAACAGUACUUGCUUUCCUUCAUGCUUUUCUUCCAUUCUUUUGGAUUAAAUCAAAAUCAGAAAAAUACAUAAAGUCAAGGCCAGAUGACUCAAUUGCUGCUCUUUAUCUUUCUCUUGAGAAUGGAAAAUUUUGGUUCCCUGCUCAAGUUUAUAACCGUGAGAAUGGUCAUGCUGGAUUCCUGCUCUCAUGUUAUGAUGCUGAACUUUGCUAUGACUCUAGAACAGAUACCUUUCAAGCAAGGUACUCACCUCAUGGGAGAUGGACAACUGAGGAAAACAUAAAAUGGGAAAGGCUAAGAGUACCACCUAUUGACUCUUCUUCACAUGUUCUUCAUAUCUCUGACUGCUUAGAUGACUUAAAGCCUGGAGAUCAUGUUGAAAUUCAGUGGAGAAGAAACAAUGAGUUCCCUUAUGGUUGGUGGUAUAGUGUCAUUGGUCAUUUGGAAACAUGUCAAGGUGAUGGGAACCAUUGCCAAUGUCACGAUAAAGACACAGUUAUUUUGGAGUUCACACAAUACACAGCUGGCUCAAGAUGGAGACAAACAAUGAUAAACAGAAAAAAUCAUAGAGAACAAGGAAAUGAAAUAGAAGGUUUUUAUGGGGGAAUCAGAAAGUUGCAUAGCAAGGAGGAGAUUACAAAGUGGAAGAAACUUUGGCCAACAAAAAAUGUUGAAUAGCAUGAUUAAAUAACUUUAGAACUUUGUAAAUAAACUAGUUUACAUUCCUAAAAUGUGAAUGUAAAGGCAUAAAGGAUUAGUUUUUGUCAAAGAAUGAUGUCACUCAUUCCUAACUAUAGGUCUAAAUUGGAAAAUUUACAUUGGAUGAAUUUUUCAGUUUUAAAGUAACGUGUACCACUACAUAAGCAUAGUGUAUAUGUUACUGUUAUUUUCUUUUUGUCUACUAGCUUUUGCUAGUUUUUUCUUAUGCAAGACAAUGCUAAGUGGUGAGGGAAAUUGGCUAUUCA